AAGCCGAGCUGGUAGUAAGUAACGUCACUUAGAUGAAGUGAAAGUAAUGUUAAAAAGCACCUUAUGGAUAGGCAAAUCUCACGGUUUUCCACAUAAUUUUGAAUAAUUAUACAGUUUUUUAUUUUCAAUACAAGGUCAAUACGGUUAUCCACAUCUAAGCACAAAAACAGAUAUGACGGCUGCCACCCCUCUCCUUCUGUCAGAAGAUCAGUUCCUGUGUUCUAUCUGUCUGGAUGUCUUCACCCAGCCAGUAAGCAUCCCAUGUGGACACACUUAUUGCAUGGCCUGCAUCGGAGAAUACUGGGGUGACACAACUAACCCUUGCCAGUGCCCGCUGUGUAAGAACAGGUUCUCCAUAAAACCUGAGCUGAAAGUGAACACGUUUAUCUCUGAGAUGGUGGAUCAGUUCAGGAGGUCAGCUACAGCCGAAGGCAGCAGGAACCACCACCCUGCCAGGCCAGGAGAGGUGUCCUGUGGUGUCUGCACCAAGGCCAAGCUCAAGGCCCUGAAGUCCUGCCUGGAGUGUCAGACGUCCUACUGUGAGACCCACCUGGAGCCUCACCAGAGAGUCGCAGGUCUGAAGAGACACCAGCUGGUCGACCCUGAGGAGAACCUGGAGGACAGAGUGUGUAGGGAGCACCAGAUGAUGCACCCUGAGGAGAACCUGGAGGACAGAGUGUGUAGGACAGACAAGAUGCCCCUUGAGCUGUUCUGUAGAGAGGACCAGACGUGUGUUUGCGCCUGCUGCGCUGGGACUGAACACACGGUUUACCCUUGCGUACCGUUCCAGUUUGUAAGUGAAGAGAGGAAGACUCUGGGAACCGAAAUAGCACAAGCCAAAGAAAUGAUUUCAGAACGGAAAAAAAAAAUUAGAGAGAUUAAAAAAUCAGUAGAGCUCUGCAAGAGAGAAGCGACCAGAGAGGUCUUCACUGGUCAAGGGCGCUCUGCUAAAAGAAGCCAGUUCAUGAAGGUGGUCACAGAGAAGCAGAAAGCAGUAAAGGCGAGGGCUGAGAAGAUGAUCAGAGACCUGGAGCAGGACAUCACUCACCUCCAUAGGAGAUGCGCUGAGCUGCAGCGACUCUCUAACACCCAGGGCCACUUCAACUUCAUCCAGAGGAACGUUUUCAACGGGUUUUUAAUUCUCACAACAGACGACCUGUCUGAGAUCCAAGUUGGGAGAGUGCGUUUGGCCCCCCUGCUGAGAGUGAAGUCUCAGCUGGAGAAAGCAGUCGCGUCUACGAAGAGGUUAUGUGGCGCUCAGCUCCAAAGGUUGAGAGAAUAUGACACUUGUUGGAUUUUACUCCUUGUUAUUUUCAUUACUUCUAUUAUAUUGUAUUGAGUAUCUGGUUAGCUCCCUCCAAUUCCUAAACUAGGAACUAAAAUGCAAAUGUGGAUUUGCUGUUAAUCUUAACAGCUCAUCCUUUUAAUGAAGAUAUCAUGAACACCAAUCAAAAUGUUAUAAUACAAGGUGUGUCCCUCUGAACAGUCUCAGCUGAGUGACACAAAUAAAAUAAAAGCUUUUUCAAAGUUACUAUUAUUGAUACUGUACUAAUUAUGAAUAUAUAUUUACAAAUUUAAGAAUUUCAAUUAAAAUGUGGGAAUUAAAAUAAAGUAGAAAUUGAAAAAAGAGUACAGGCUCUACCAUCAAAUUAUUAAAAAAAAUAACACUGUUGCACAAAUUUGUUGGAACCAGGACCGUUAUUGAGUUUAGCCAUGCUUGAGUUGUAAUCAUUUGGGUUUAUCUUAAAAACAGUUGUUGGUGUUUAGUUACUUUAAUUAAAGCAGUCUCACCUAUACGUCUGGUUCACCUGUCAGGAAUGAGCACAGGAGCAUCACUGCAACAAACACCUGGAUGUCAGUCAGAAAAAAUAAGAUACCUGACAAGGAAACAGCAGUAGACACAACUACACCUUGACUGAACUGUGAUUUAUCUUCAAUAAAAUGCAUAAUAGAA